CUUUACUGUCGCCAAACAAUUGAUACCAGAACGUACAAUCAUCACAGCGAUAAUUGAUUCCGUGCUUCGCGCUCCCUGGAUUAUAAAUCGAUAGUAAAUAUUAAACAUUUAAAUUAUAAAUCAUAAAUAGAAAAUAGAAAUGGGAAAGUAAGGUAGUGCAAAAAACCAAGAGGCAGGUCCGGAUAUUUGGAGGGUACGGCCCAGAUCUGGGUCGUACCCUCCAAAUAGUGGCAAAUGCAUAAUAUUAAAUUUACUUUGAACUUUGAUGAUUUAACUAUAUUACUUAUUCGUCGGCAUCAGUUUUAACGGUAAAGUGAAAUGUGUGAGAACGACACUUCCGCGGACACCGAUCAUGCCGGUGCAAAGUUUUUGUCCCAUAGCAUUGCAUUUUUCGACCGCAGGUGGUGGAAUCUGGAGCAACGCACAAAGAAAGGGUAGGAGGAACUCAGCAGGUCAGGCAGUGUCCGUGGGGAUAAUGCCCAAUCCAGAUGAAGUGUCUCGACCCAAAACGUCGACUGUCCAUCCCCUCCCCCCACGCUGCCUGACCCUCCAGCACUUUGUGUUGUUCGCAUUUUUGUUUACUUUUCAAUAAUGUUCGAUUUCGCUUUUGAAAGUCAACAUGUAAACUUUGUUGGCACAUUCCAGAUCGCAACUUGCUACCAAAUGGGGAAAUCUCGUCACCUCCCUCCUGGUUUCUUUGUGCCAGUUAUCUCAAAUCUGCGUCUCCUGCUUCUGCCAGAAGAAACAGGUUCUCUGUCUAAUUUAGUGGAUUCCUUCGCCUUCCCCGGAUCGUCAUUUCCAAAAUCUGCAGAGGGGAUUAAACGGAUGAGUUGCGCCCGUGAUCUUCCUGCUGUGCGUCCGGGUCUCCCAGCUCGGGGCGCCCGGUCGGGCUCUGGGUAGCAACAAUUUUGUUGGGGAUGUUGUUGCCGCGAGUAAAUGAGCCCCAUUAAUAGCCGGCCAAACAGAUCCGGCGCUUUGCACACACUCCGAUUGUUCUUCAUCUGCGUCUGACAUCAGAGGGGCUUUUGUAGGCGGGCGCCGAUGUCGGAGGGGCGGAGGAGCUCAUUCCGACUUGCAGCCGGGGUUGUCCAUGGAUCUGUAAGCACGGCCGGCCACCUCUCCUAACCCGCGCUUCAGCCAAACAGCGUUCUUGGAAGUAAAGUUGUUGGUGGAUCCACCCAGCCAAGCAGAACCCUACCGGGUUUGAGCUCAUCUUCGGUCACAGGUCGGCGAAAAUUUAUCGGUCCCACCCCUCUCCUUUUGUUUUCGCCUGGAUUGGACUCUGCCAGACAUCUGGCCAAGUGCUGAACAAACUUUGGGAGAAGGCUUGCGGCAGAAGUGACAGGCGUUCGGGCCGGCGCCCCACGGCAACACAGAGGCUGCAGGAAGGGCGGCGUGGUCUCUAAAGCCGUGGAAUACGGCCUACCCACCCUCGGUCCCCUCCAGCAUCUGCACACUCCCAGCACCCUUGGGGGGGGGGAAACCAGCUGGCUUUGAGCGAGGAAUGGCAAGCAGCUUCGGAGGGGCGUGAUCUGGUCAAACUAACUGCGCCCCACGGGAACCUCGGCCGCAAGCUGCUGGCGAUCGGCGGGCCAUGGAGGAAGACACGGCUGCUGUCUGCGAGCCCCGGUCCCCCUCGGCCGACUUGCCCGAAGCCUUCUGCACGCUCUGGAGCGACGUAAUGGGAAUGUUGGAUGGAUCACUGGGACACAUUGAUGACCUGGCUCAGCAGUACACAGAAUACUACAACACUUGCCUCAGCGACAGCACUGAGCAGAUGGAAGAGCUUUACCCGUGUAGUGUUUCAGAGGAUCUGGAGCUGGAAAGUUCGGCUGCCAAUCCACUCUCCCCACAGCUGCCGUCUGAGACUAGAGAGUCACGUGUGUUGGGGAGUGCAGUGUCAACACCAGAGAGUGAAAGGAAGCAAUUGAUUUGUAAGUCAACUUUGGAGGAUGGGUCAGUUGGAAGUGCUGACUGGAAAAAGAAAAAUAAAUCCUUCUGGCAGAGUUUUCGGAAACUGCAGAAAGGGAGCACAGUGCGGGAAUUAUGUAAAGGAGAUGAUGUUGGAUUCGUGGCCAGUGAGAUCACUAUGAGUGAUGAAGACCGCAUUGAGCUGAUGAUGAUGGUCAAAGAUAAGAUGAUAACGAUAGAGGAGGCACUUGCCAAGCUUAAAGAAUACGAGUGUCACAGCAGAGUGUGUGCGAGUUCAGAUUCUGCCCACUUGGCACGUGGAGCCCAGGAGCAUUUUGAUGAAUCCUCAGAUGGUGGUGUAUGGGAACAGUUGGAUGAUGACCUCCAAGAGGUGAAGUUCAAAAGGCUCCACAAGUUGGUUUCUUCCAAGCGCAGGUCAAAAAAGAAACUUGUCAAGGUGGAAGAAAUGAAGAAUGCACCUACGACAGAAAACUCUUGCGAUGGGACCUGCAGCAAGCAGGUGGAGUCGCUGCAGGAUGAACGAUCGCUGAAUUUUUUCCGGCCAAAGAGCAGCAAGACGCAGCCGUGCUCCAGUGAAUCAAUGCAGAGGCAGGCUGUGGAUGAUCCAGCAACCUUAACAACACCUGGUGUCCCCUUGUCUCCCGGUAGUCUGGAAGGUCAGACUGGGAAGAAGCUUCUCAAGUCUCUUCAUACGUCAUCUGAGAUCAGUGCUGUAAUGCCUCCGAAGAGAUCGGGGAAAAAGUUGUCUGACUCAGAAAGUAGUGAAGGCAGGUCACACAGUAUUCCUCACUCUCCGACUGACAGCCCUGCAACUCAGCUUCAAGGGUGUGAUUGCAAGGACAGUGCCGGCAGUGAGAAGGGGGGCACGGCGAAAUCCCCCACAAGUUCACGGAAAUCGCUGAGCAGAAAGGUCAAGUCAGUGAAAGAGACGGUCAGAAGGAAGAUUACAAAGACGUACAGUGGUAGCACCACCCCUCAGUUGACCACUGAUGCAGUGUCACCUCCUGCCCAGCUUCCUGAGACAGCCGACAGAUCGAGGCUCAAACUGCCAGGCGGUGGUUCAGUGGAGAGUCUACGCAGCUCCUUAAGUGGCCAGAGCUCGAUGAGUGGUCAAACAGUGAGCACCACAGACUCGUCAGCCAGCAACAGGGAGAGUGUGAAAUCAGAGGAUGGGGAGGAGGAAGAAUCUGCCUACCAGGGCCCUUUCUGUGGCCGGGCCAGAGUCCACACUGAUUUUACCCCGAGCCCGUAUGACACCGAUUCACUGAAACUCAAGAAAGGUGAUGUGAUAGAUAUAAUCAGCAAGCCCCCAGGGGGGACAUGGAUGGGCCUGCUGAACAAUAAGGUUGGAACGUUCAAGUUCAUUUACAUGGAUGUUGUGAACGAUGAAGUGGAAAAGCCAAAAAGGCCGAGGAGGAGGAGACGAGGAGGCAAACACCCCAAGCCACACACUGUUCAGGAGCUGCUCCGGCGAUAUGACCUGGAGCAACACAUGCCAACUCUGCUGUUGAAUGGCUACGAGGACUUGGACACGUUCAAGCUGCUGCAGGAGGAGGACUUGGACGAACUGAACAUCCUGGAGCCAGAGCAGAGGUCUCGGCUGCUGCUGGCCGUUGAACUCCUGCACGACUAUGACAGUAACAGUGACAAGGAUCUGCCCGGUGAACGUGCUUCCCAGGAGACUUUACCCCGCUAUUCGAAUAAGACCACUGGUUCAGACCUGCAGAGACAAUCUCCGUGGGACUCGGGCUGCUUUGAGGAGAAUGGAUUUCCUGAGAACGGGUUGGACCUAAGGAAGGACAACCGGCCAAACACAGAAGGCAAAAGCAGGAAGUCAUGGCCAUUGGUGACGGCAGGAUCGCUGGCAAAACUGGGGUUACCGUUCCAGUGCCCACCGCCAGAACAGCUGCCAGUUCACCCCACAGACUCUUUUGGGAACGUAGACUUUGGGAGAGAUGAGGAGAAGCCAACAACUCUGUGUGCCUCCCCCUGUGUUCGGUUGCGUUACACUGGCCCUCCAGUUCCUCCCCAGGGGUGUCAGAGGUUGCCAGCCAGGACAAAUUCAGAGGGCCCGGUGCACUGCAAUGCUGCCCGGAAGCCGUGGCAACGAUCCCGCUCCUUGGAUGAGCUGUACCGAGAUGCCCGCUCUCCCUCGGGAGCGAGCCCGGGUACAGGGGCCCGUGCUGCACCGCCUCAGCAGGUUAGACUCGGCAUGCAAUUGGAGACCCACAGCAAGGGCGUCGGCAGCCCCAGCACCGUGGGGUGCUGUAGGUCUGAUCCGGCUCAGGCCGGGGCUACAGAAGCCCAGGGAAAGCGGUCAACAGCUGGCGACCUUCACCCUGCCCCGCCGACAGCUCAAGUCGCCAACCUGUGUCAGUCGUCGGAAGGGAGGAGUGUGCUCUCCCUGGCUCCAAAGUGUGACCUGCCCGGUCAAAUGGCACUUGAGCAAGCAGCCAGUUGCAGAGACCAGGUGGGGACAUGCACUUCGGCAAAAGGCACAGAGACAGUGACUGAAAACAAACCACAUAGCCAUCACCCUUCUCAGCCACCACCCGUGCCUGCCAAGAAAUGCAGAGACUAUAUGAGAAAUGGAAUACUCCCCACGUCUCACAUAUUAAAUAGCUCUAACCCUUCUACCGGUAGCAAGUACAGACUGGCACCCGCUUUGCACGUACACUGUCGCACUGCCGAACCAGCCGGCUUACCGCUGGUCAGUGAGAUACCCUACUUUCCAGAGUCCGCACCGGCCGAGGCCUCCUGCAUGCCACAGCUGAGAGUGAAGCUGUGUCCUGCCUCCGGACGGAAGCCCCCCCGGAUGCGAGAGGUGGAACUAGAAACGUUAAUAGAGAACAAGUUAGAAUCGGAAGCAAUCGAUCUGACAGAGAAACCUUACUCCGAUAAGCAUGGUCGCUGUGGGAUUCCGAUGGCACUAAUAGAGAGAUAUUCGGAGAACCUGCUGCAUCCACUGGACCAGGUGGCUGCAGCCAUGGACCUUGUCAGAGUCAGGCAGCUUCGCAAGCAGCAUCGAAUGGCAAUUCCGAGUUCGUUCGAUAAGAUGAGCAAAAAUUCGACAGCCCUAGAAGUGCCCAAGUCUUCGCGGAGCUGAUCUUCAGAGGACUGGCGCGGAUCUCAUCUCAUCAUCAGCAUCUGAUGCAGCACUCCGAGGCGUUAGUUAGAAACCUGAUGGAAGCAAGGCCAGCAGGUCCCCAUGGUAAAACCCGGCGUGAACACGGAGAGGCACAGGUUGUCUUGCGUUCCUUCAAUUCCCCCCACCAGCGGUGGGUCUCCAACAGCAGGACCUGUCAGUGGUCCGAUGGUACAGAGUGAGGGGGGCGAUGGAAGAAGCAGCGUGGAGCCAAGGUGCCCACUGUGAGGUUGUGGGGUGAUGGCAGGGAGCUCUCCUGAUGAGGCGGUGUGCCUCCUUGGUAGAGAGGGCUUCCGCACACAUCACUGCUGGUGUUUUCUCCACUGUCAGCAUUCAUGUGCAUAUCACAAAGUCAACCACUGCUGUGUCAAAUAAUCACUGAAGAUUUUAGUGUAACGCACACCCACUAAAAACAGCUCUCUCAUUUUCUAGCCGAGGUUCAUGCUCAGUGGACAGAGAUCCCUGUGACUGCCCACUUAUGACUCUUCCUCAGAGCACGAGUGCCCUUCCGCUGUCUGUUUUGGGCCAUCACUCUGUAUGAAGGCCAUUCUCACUCUCCAUUCUAAAUCCAUAAUCACUAGCUUGAAUCUACUAAUUAUCCAAUACUACUUGCUUUGCAUCACUAGGCAAUUAGUCAUAAUUGUGACCUGAGGUGGAAAUGUGCCAUAACUCUAAUGCUUGUAACCUAUUCCUUCAUCAUUGUGCUAGCAAGUUGUUGGCUUUCGGCCUGUCUGAAUCAUGUCACCUCUUAAUGCCAUGUGCUGUCUAUAUUUGUGAAACUCAAAUCCUAAUGAAGAGGAACUGGAUUUUUGAGAUACAGGAAUAAUUCAUAAACGUUUUGCAAACAAGAUCGAGGAGGUGGUCAGUAUUCCACUGAAUCAACACUGAUGCCAUUUGGUGUAGUGUCCAUGUGAGCUAUUCAGUUAAACUCCACCUUGCCAUUUCUGGCCUUUUCCCUCUGUUUUCCUCUGAGAUUCCAGAAACCUUGAACUGCUGUUCCUCCUGGGCCCGGAGGAAGUAUUUUAUUUUUUGCCUUCAGCUCCUGAAUCCUGGCAAGUUCCAUUAGCCUUGUGACGGCCCAAGGAACCAGAAUUCCCACAAGGUUAUGCAAGGAAUUCCCGAAAUCCUAUUACUGCUCAGGACUAGAUGAAGAGCAUUAGGUGCUCCACUGAUUGAAGUCUGCCCUGAGGCUUGGUACAUUCCACCAAAAACAUAUUCUGGUCAGAUUCCAUAAAUUCCUUUCUCCCCAUUCUCCCAAAUCUUUGUUUUCCCAAUUCCACCCAGAAUCCUGGGCCCGGCACGAUUACCUAAAGUAGCAAAGCUCUUUUGGCAGUAGUGCAACGGUGUGGAUGCCAACGGCCGUAAAAACUCAAAGAAGAGGAAGAAGCGAUUUAAUCCUAAUGCCAACUUCAAGACUUCCAUAUAACUAAUUUUGGUUCUGUAUUCAAAAUUAAUAUAUAAAAAAAUAAUCUGCAGACGCUGAAAAUCUGGUAUUAAAACAGAAAAUGCUUGUUACGCUCUGAAAGUCAGGCAGCAUCUGUGGAGGGAGAUACUGAAUUUAUGUCAGGUUGAAGGAGGGUCUCUGAGUGAAACACCAACUUGUUUCUGACAGACAGUCUUUAACCUCAAAUGUAUACUCAUUUCUGAUGAAGGCUGUUCAAUCUGAAACGUCUGCUGUGUCUCUCUCCACUGUUUCUGCUUGAGUGUUUCUGUUAUUUUCUGAUUUUAAUCUCCAGUUACUCAAUACUUCCUACUAGUUUCCUUCGCUUAGCUUUAAAUAUUACAAGCUCUUUUGUGACAUUUGCAAUUUAAAGAAAAAAUGUAAUCUUCUAAUUCUCCAUCUGAGUUUGACACUAUUUAGAACGGGAUCAUAUUCUCAAGAUGUAUACUGGUCAGUGUCCAAGUCUCAUGUUAAAUGUUGCCAGCAAAAUUAAAUACUGAAAAGCAGCACAAAAUUAAACUGAUGCACUUUUUGUAUUUGAGAAUAUUUAAAUAACUUAUUGUAUGUUUCUUUCCUUAACAAUGUAACUAUAACAUACCAGUAGCAAAAUCUUAUAAAAAUGUAGUCUAUCAGAAUUGUACCUUGUGUAACUUGAGGAAUGUAUUGUAUGUGUAAAUAUUCUUAACUUGUUUCAUUUAGCAGAAUAAAGUAACAG